UGUUACAAAGCUGCCGAACCCCACCAUCCACUUUUCGCUUGCAGAGGCAGCAAGUCCUGAGUUCUCUUCCCGCGCAAGUGACAACUUCCCUGGAACUUGGAUUACGCAGAAGAUUCUAAUUUUUUAAAAACUUUAUUUUCAGGCAAUUUCCCCCGGAACCAUUUACUUCCAGAGGAUCAAGGGAGUUGGACCUGAAGGCUGGCCAUGGCAUCUCAAUGUCGAAGUCUGAGUUUUUCUUCAGAUGAUAAUGGUCAAUCAAAAUUCCGGGGGAAGCUUCUGACUAUUGAUUCAAAGCUGGGGAGCCAAGAUGUGGAGGCCUUGAAGUUUCUCUGCCGAGACUGCAUCUCCCACAAGGAGCUGGAGAAGGCCAGCUCGGCCUCAGACAUCUUUGAUCAUCUGUUGGCAGAGGAGCAGCUGAGCGAGGAAGACUCCUUCUUCCUGGCGGAACUCCUCUACCUGAUCAAGCAGAAAUCGUUGCUGCGCUACCUCAACCAAACCAAGGAGCAAGUGGAAAGUUUGCUGCCCACCCGAGGGAGGGUCUCUCUGUUCAGAAAGCUGCUCUACGAACUGUCAGAAAGCAUCAGCUCAGAUAACUUAAAGAACAUGAUCUUCCUUCAGAGGGACUCGAUUCCCAAAAUCCAGAUGACCUCGCUAAGUUUCCUGGCAUAUCUGGAGAGACAAGGUCAAAUAGAUGAAGAUAAUCUGAAGUUACUGGAGGAUCUCUGCAGAAGAGUUGUGCCUAACCUUGUGAGAAAGAUAGAAAAAUAUAAAAGAGAGAAAGCCUCCCAGGCUCCUCCCACACGUGUGGUAGACAAGGAACUUGUGUCAUUGCCCCAAGGAGAGGAAGAAACGUUCCCCUGUUAUAACGUGGAACCGUUGUUAGAAGCCUUACCGAUCGUGCUCUCUGUUCUCGUGUGUACAUACCUAGAAGUGGAAUUGCUGGAUCAUAUGGAGACAGGUGUGUACAGGAUGAAUCGGAAACAUAGAGGCCACUGUGUGGUUGUCAAUAACCACACAUUUACCUCAAUGAACGACAGACCAGGGACUGAUAAAGACGCUGAGCACUUGAAGCAUGUGUUUGAGUGGCUUGGGUUCAGCGUAUGUGUGUAUGACAACGUGACCAAAGGACGUCUGGACGAGGUUCUGCAGGAAUACAAGUGCCAUCCAGGCCAUGCUGACGGAGACUGCUUCGUGUUCUGUGUUCUGAGCCAUGGGAAAUACGGAGCUGUCUACUCUUCGGAUGAGAUCCUUGUUCCCAUUCAGGAAAUCACGUCUCACUUCACAGCCCAGAAAUGUCCCAGUCUGGCUCAUAAGCCCAAACUCUUUUUCAUCCAGGCCUGCCAGGGGGAAGAGAUACAACCUCCUGUAUACAUUGAAGCAGAUGCUGUAAAUCCUGAGCAUGUGGCCCCUUCCCUUCAGAAGAGUAUUCCCAAUGAGGCGGACUUUCUUCUCGGCCUGGCCACCGUCCCUGGCUACCUGGCCCUUCGGCAUGUGGUGGACGGCAGUUGGUAUAUCCAGUCUCUGUGUCAUCAUCUGAGGAGCUUGGUCCCAAGAAAUGAAGAUAUCUUGUCCAUCCUCACCGCUGUCAACCAUGAUGUGAGUCAAAAAGCAGACAGUAAAGGAAAAUGGAAGCAGAUGCCCCAACCUGCCUUCACCCUACGGAAGAAGCUAGUAUUCCCUGUGCCCCCGGAAAGACUUUAGUAAGAGAGAGUUCCCGUUGGCUCUUCGACUUGAAAGGAAGCUUGGGUCAGCCAUUCCAGCCUCCUGCCCCUCACAGGAAUCUGUGACAGACGGUGAGCUGACCUCUGUCUGUCAUUCUAAUAACUGGAAAUACCCUAUUUUCUGACACGGCAAAUUCUUUCUUUUCUUUUUUCUUUUUGACAAGCCUGAAUGUUAGAGCACUUUCUUUCUUGAAGCUUUGUAUGGUAGUCUUGGGUUUAGUUGUGUACCUUGAGAGAAGGCAGCUCGGCCUUGGUUUGUGCAUCCGUGAGGGAAAAGGUGGAACCAGGUACAUUUUAAGAUUCCUUUGAGCUCCAAGAACCACUGUCCUUAGCCUUAGCGGAGCUCGGUUACUAUCUACAUGACACCUCUCUGCAUGGCCUUGUUUUGGACCCUGGGAUUAUGGCAGAGAGCACGCACGGCUCUCCCCUUCCUAAGGCUCCUCUCCCGCACACCUGCCCAGGUGGAAAUUUGGCCUGUACGAUGCCUGUUUCCUGCUUUAGUGUAAGGAAGGUGUUCCUGCACGAGCUGUUGCCCUCAGCCUGGGUACAGGUUCGGCUCCAGAGUGCUGACCGCCUGAAUGAAGAGACACACACUCGACCACUCUGGGAGCAGAGACUCUACAGCGUGAGGUUAAUCCCAUGUUGGGCAGAACGUCUCGGAUGCCAAUGACAGAACCUUCACGUCAAGCCGACUAAAGCAAAGAAGGGGAUGGGUUCGUCUCAUUCGUCAAAAAACGCACAGAUGCAUGGUGCCAGCUUCCUGUGAGGCUUGAAUCUGGACUCAGUCUGCACUAUCGUGCGUCCCUCUCGGCCGGGGUGUCUUGGUGGCUGCGCUGGGCUGACUGCGGUCAAUGGCCCCUCCUCGUCACCCUCGUGCUCUGUUCCUCUGGCCCAAAGGAUGGAGGCGAGCGGCAGCCUGACGGUCCGACGCUGUCCACGGGGGCUGUCAUUCUCUCCUCAGUCAGGGACUUGUCUGGCUCUGCCUUGGGGCGUGUGGUUCUACUUAGAAGCUCUGAUAUUUUUUACAUUAAGGUUUUGAAUAUCUUUAUUUAUGUGAACUUUUUUUUUCUUUUUCAAUUUCAAGAGGAAUUUCUUUUGCAGCUCCUGAAGGAGGGAGGGUGAAUGUCCUCUCCUUAAGAUCUUUAUUUCCAGACGAAGAAGUUGGGGCCUCAGGAGGCCAAAGAGAUUCACUACUGUCCCUGUUACUGUUUACAGGAUCUGAUUUCCCGCUGGAGGGAACUGGGAUGUCAUGGGACCCAGCAGGGCUUUAGGAAUGUUUCCUUGGAUAUGCAGAGGCUCGUGAAAGCUGUCCGGGAAUGAGGACACAUCACUCUCAGUGAUGCCCGAUUUUGUAGUGAAUCCUGUGCAAGUCGCAUUAAUUUGUGGGGUAUUUUCUGGGAGAAAUAGUCACAUAAGUUUUUUAUACUUGUAAUGACAUGGACGGAGCAAAUCAUUACAUGGAUUUGAAUGUAGCUUUGCCAUGGAAAGGAGCCCAAAUCAGAUCAGAAUGAUCUUCCAGAACCAGUGUUCAUACAAGUCAGAACUAACCGCUGGUGAUUAACCUUUGCCCAGUUGAAUAGAUGCAGUUUUUAGCCAUUUCAUAAAACUCCACGAGUGAAGGAUGGUGUGGUUCAAAACAAAAAGCCAAGAAUCCGGACAGGGAAGCCUGGGGUUUCCCUUUGGUCUUGUGACCCCCUUGCUCUGAGACACUAAAUCCAGCUGGUUUUUCGAGCCUUAUCUAUGAAGUAGACACAAAUGACCUAUUUAAGAUAGGGAUUUAGGGGAAUAUGUAAU